AUCAACGAGUUUUGAAAUCGUUGCUAUGGGUACGAAAUGAAUUAUUUUAUUUAUUUAAUUAAAUAUUAACAAAAUUAUUAUCGAAGUAAAUUUUUGGUUACAAAAAUGACAGGAAUUAAGCAAGUCAGAAAUAAAAAGUUGUUACCGGACUUACGAAAAGAGGGUGACUUGGGAAAAGAAAUUGUUUUAUCAACUAAAAAAAAACACGGCGUCCCAACUGGGUCACGGCUUUUUUCACAUCAUACUUUAGCCAGCGUCAGAAAAUUGAGUUUUUACCAUCCUUUUUUUUUACCACAUGAUAGUCUGGAUCUAGUUUUAGCAGCGACCUAUAAUCAAUCGAGUGAGCAUUUUGCUGAUAAAGAAGAUUUGCAUUUGCAAGCUGAAACAAUCGGUUGCGAUACUUGGCGCCGCCUGAGGAACACCUACGAUAAACUACCGCCAGUGGUUAUUCCUUUGGGUCAUCCAAUGAAACGAGGUGGCAUCACAGAACGAAAAUCACCGUUCAGUGUGAAGCUCAUGAACUCAGGAGUUCACUCUUCACAAACGAAUCCCGGAUACAGCAGACAACCGGCUGGCGGCGCAAUAUUCUUCUAUUAGUUUUAUAUGAGCUGUUCCUCAAAAUAAUAUUAAAAUAAUAUACAUGUUAGAAAGUAGAUAAGAUUUGCGAUUUAGUUUAAAGCAAAGUUUAUGUACAUGUUAUGAAAUCUUAUUGAUUGAAUCUCAAUUAUUAAAAUGUUAUUACGUCAUAAACAUUUUAAUAGAAAUGACUGUGUAAUUUGAAAAAUGAAACUUGGCAGUGUGGUAGUUAUUAAUAUAUU